UUUUAAACGAAAGAAAUAUAGCGAACUAACACUGCGUCUGGUGGAAGUUCGAAGUUCAAAAACACUACAUCUUUUCUUGUUUUCCCUCACAAUUGACAGGAGGGGGAGAGAGAGAGAGAGAGGGUGUAUUUGUGGAGUUUAGAAGGGAAAGGUAAGGUAAACGGUGAUGCAAAUAAAUUAUUCAAAAAUUGAUGUCGAGAAAGAUGUUUCUGGUUGUUAUAGAAGUAUAUUGCUGCUGCUUUCUAUAUGAACCAACCUCAUGAACUCCACCGGCUGUUGAUGACUUCAUCAAAGCGCACACAGAAAAACGAGGUAGACGGAAAUCGAAAGACAGAUAAAAAGAUGUGCAAAGAGAUCCAUCGAGAGAGAAAGGAAAAUGGCAUCAAGCUCUUACUCAUCUCCUUGCGCGGCCUGCAAAUUCCUGAGAAGAAAGUGCAUGCCAGGUUGCAUCUUCGCGCCCUACUUCCCUCCCGAGGAGCCUCAAAAAUUCGCCCACGUGCACAAAAUCUUCGGUGCCAGCAACGUGACCAAGCUGCUCAACGAGCUCCUCCCUCACCAGAGAGAAGACGCCGUCAACUCGCUCGCCUACGAAGCAGAGGCGCGCGUGAGGGACCCAGUGUAUGGUUGCGUCGGAGCCAUCUCUUUCCUUCAGAGACAGGUCCAGAGGCUGCAGAAGGAGCUCGAUGCUGCUAAUGCUGAUCUUCUUCGCUAUGCCUGCAACGAGAUCCCUCCUGCUAAUUCUCUCUCUGCGGUGCCACCUGGCUUGGGAAUAACGCCUUCAACGCUUCAAGUUCAACCGCUGCCCCAGAGGCAAAGGUCGACGGCUAUGGAGUAUAUUAAUGGAAGAAUCGGCAAUACUGAAGGAGGAGCAGGAGGAGGUGGGGGGUUGUACAGGCAAUUUCCUGCUGCUUAUAAUUACUCUCUUCCUUAUACUAUUCCAUGGGCUGAUACAGCUUCGGAUGCCAUCGAUGGAGGUGCUGCGGGUGGUGGUGGAGGUAAUUUGUAAAUUUUUAAGUUUGCAGAGAGGAGAAAAAAACCCGCUCUAGGGUUUUCAAUUCUGCCCUUUUGAGGCAUGGCAUUCCCUGCAGUAUUCUGAUGGAAGUGUCACUAUUAUAUAUAAAUAUCUAGUUUGUGAACUGGUGAUGAACUAGUUUUGAAUUGGUCUCUAGUCAUGUAGCCUUACUUGGACUCUUCUGGUAGCUAUCACACUAUAUCUAGGCGACCGUGACGGUCUAAUGUUUAAUUCCCUUUUGAAUUCUUAAUUUUGUUUAGUGUAUAAGUCUAAGUUUAAGACGAGGUUGAAUGUAUUUGUUACAGAACUUCAUUGCCAGAAGUAAUUUAAGUAGGACUGUGACCUAAAUAAGUUGGUAGGAACAUGCAUGAUAAUGUAAGGCUGCUAGACCUCUUCGUGUUUUCAGUGCAACUAUCUAGGCAUGUGCAUGCGUAGAAGUUGACAUUCUGUCAAUGUUGAUCUUUCAGAAUAAUAAAUCUGAGGUAAUAACGUUUUCUUCA